AUGCGACAGAAGGUCUCCUGUCGCAGAAUACCUCUGUGCUGGUUGGAUGUUGAUAUCAGCGUGCAACAUAGUAUUUGCAUGUACACUUGGCUACACCGGUCACCUGUCGAACCCAAGUGUUACCCUAGGUGUCAGAACAUUGUCAUCUACCCUAUUAAGCUGUCUUACACCAUACAGGUAUCCCAUGGCACUUGCAAAAGGGUGUUCAGGCCUGCCUCGUGGCAUUCAUCCUCGCCUGAUCCUCUGUGGCAGAAAAUCAGCUCUCGUGCAUUGCCCGUGCGCCCCAACGUGAUCGAGAACCACCCGCUCGCCCUGGCCCGGUACCGCGACGCCCUGGCAAAGGGGGCGACGCUGGAGGACGUCAUGGGCUCCUCGUGGAGGAGCUUCGUGGAAAGGCCUCGGCUCGUGGCGUGGAUGUCCAGCCACUGCUCCACCGUGUCCAAGAGGGAGGAGUACGUGCAGGAGUUGGCGAAAUUCAUCCCUGUGGACAAGUACGGAAGUUGCGGACAAAGAUGCGACAGAAGGUCUCCUCGCAAACCUCUGUGCUGGUUGGAUGUACUCAGUCGCAAUUAUUCAUUCUACCUGGCUAUGGAGAACAACGUGUGCGAUGAAUACGUGACCGAAAAGUUAUACAAUCCACUUGUGUAUAACUUGGUCCCUGUGGUCUGGGGAGGUUCAAACUAUGACAAGUUUUUGCCCCCGAAUUCUUACAUCGAUGCGCGAAAAUAUCACCCAGAGGAACUCGCGCAGCUCUUACAGCAACUUCAGGCAGAUCCGGUGGCUUAUGGCAAGUAUCACAUCUGGAGAGGGUUUUGGGAGGCAAAGGUUGGAGGCAGUUUCUGUGAGCUCUGUUACCGACUGCACGUUGAGAGAGAAGAAAAACAUUACACUGACAUCGGUUUGUGGAGACGCAAUAAUAAUGAUUGUAAAGUUGUACCUAAAAAAAUGUUCAACCCAGAAACAAGGGUUUGGAAAGACUUCAUUAAGAGUAACUAUUCUAGUUAAAAUGUAAUGUUUGUUUAUAUGUCUGCCUUUCUCUCUCUCUC